UCUGUACCACUAGAAUCCCAGUCCAGCUGCCCUUCAUUUCUUUCCAUUUCUUUUUCCUGUGAGCCCUUUUUGUGUAUUUUUUUUUUUUGUGCAUCUCUCCAAGCAAACAUGUUUCCACCAAAUGUUGUGCAUUCAACUGUUACCAAAGGCUGAGAGAAGGGAAAAGGAAGAAGUGAAUGAGGGAAGUUUAUGGAGGAGGUCUGGGGUCUGGGAUGUGGGCAGCGUUUGAAGAAGAGGAAUGUAUCAGACAGCAGGCAAACAUCGCUGGAUCUCACCAUCUUUCUCCAUGGCUCUCCUGUGCUGUGGCCUGUUGAUGCUGCUGUGUUGUUUUGGUUCUGGCUCGGCCACCGUUGGUGAAGACGUGGACUAUGGAGGCAUUCCUCUGUGGAUUAACCGCCUGCUGGGUGAGCCCAGUGUUCUGAGUCUGCAGGGACGGAUGGAUCCGGCCUGGUUCCGAGCCAACAAUCCCCUGGCCUGCCCUCAACAGUGUGACUGUCCCAUCCAGUGGCCCACAGCUCUGUACUGCGACCACAGAAGUCUGGCAGACAUCCCUGACCAACUGCCAGACAGAACUCAAUACCUGUUUCUUCAGGGUAACAACAUCUCCUCCCUGCCCUCCUCUGUCCUGACCAACAUCACUGGUCUCCGCUGGCUCAUCCUGGACAACAACAAGCUGCAGAGCGACAAGCUGGAGCUGGCCUCCCUGCAGAACCAGAGCCAGCUGUGCUAUUUUUUUGCCAACCACAACCACCUGACAUCAGUGCCCAGUGCUCUGCCAGCUGGACUCAAACAGUUGCGACUGGCUCACAACCAAAUCAGCAGCAUCAACCCAAAAGCUUUCCAGAAACUGCAAAACCUGACGCUGCUGCUGCUGCAGGGAAACAGACUGCAAACCAUCAAAGAGGGAGACCUCAAAGGCCUGCUUAGGCUGAACCUGUUGGACCUCAGUGGAAAUUUGUUCUCAACCGUCCCCAAACAUUUACCUCCCUCCAUCCAGCAGCUCUAUCUGUCUAACAACUCUCUGUCUGCGCUGGAUGACGACAGUUUUGUGGGAUUCCUCAACCUAAAGUACCUUCGUCUGAGUCACUGUGGCCUGCAGAACCUCGGCAUCCACCCGCAGGUCUUUAACUCCUCCAGCUUGGUGGAGCUGGACUUGUCUUAUAACAAACUUACUACCAUUCCCACAGUUCCCACCACCCUGCAGAACCUCUACCUGGAGGCCAAUCAGAUACAAGAGUUCAACGUGACCAGUUUCUGCAGAGAGGUGGGACCUUUGUCCUACUCCAGGAUGAAAAUCCUCCGAUUGGAUGGAAACAAAUUGUCCUACCAUCUGCUGCCUCCCGACUGGGUGUUCUGCCUGCGAGUCCUUCGAAGUAUUUACAUCUGACUCCACCUUCUGAACAUGAAUCUAGUGUACAAGUACUGUAUGCGACUGGCCAACCUCAUCUAGCGCUACAAAGAAAAAGUCAUGACUCAACUCACAAUUUUUGUUUUAUUGUCCAACUCAUAAUCUGUGAACUCAAACAACCCAGCCUUAAAGCUUGAAACCAGAGACGAAGACUGUAAUUCAUUAUGUCUCCAAUAUGUGGAUACACAGCCCAAAGAAAACUGAGCUUCAGAAGAUGCUGAGCUUGAACUUAAUGCUAAACCAAAGUUAUUUAAUGGUAAUGCAACAAGCUAUGAUCAAAACUUUUCUCAUAUCAUCAGUGUAGGCUCUUUGGGUUUCUCUGUCUCAUUCCAUGUUUUCCAAGUUAUGCCUCAUCAGGGUUUUACAUCUGUGUGUUAUUACUGAAUAGGACCAGUGACAAAACCUCUCAUUUCUGACUUGACUGAAUAAUGCGCUCUGGUUAAACUGAGCUGUCUGAGGGCAAACGGAAACAUUAUGAAUGUAUGAGUGGCAAAAAUCAGUAGCUUUCCCAUGAGAGAAUCUGACUCAGUUAACUGGACAGUGUUUAACAGCCACACCACACAGAGAGCUGUGUGUAAAUGGAAAUUUCAUGAUGAAAGUACUAAGAAGUUGAAACCUCUUAUAUAUGUGUGUGUAAUAAAGUGAAAUGUAGUUACUUUAUGUUUGAUUUAUGAACUGAUGUUGAUAAUCACAAUCAUGAAGUUUGGUUUGAACAAGUAACUGAAACAUAAUAUCGAUAUUAACAUAAUAUUUAGUGAAUGUGUCCUCUUUUUUUAACUCAAUUGCAAGAGCAAAUACUAACGUGCUAUCUCACAAUGAUACAGAAAUAUUUAACAAAUCUGUGGAUUCAGACUAUAAGCUACAUCACUGCCAAGAUCUAAUCAGUUGGUCCUUGUGUCAUUUCUGACCUUCCCUGAAAAUGUCAUCGAAAUCUGUUAGUCUGUUUUUGGGUCCUGUUGCUGACAGACAAACAGAGGGACAGACAAACCAAUGCCGAUCGUCACAAAACUCCACUGCGUUCCUUGGCAGAGUAAUGAGUCUGGACAGACAUGGAUGUGAAUUGAAACUACUUGUUGGUGGAGGCAUAUAGCCACAAGUGGUAACUCUAGUUUCCAUAAUUAUUUUAAUCAUGAACAGUAUAAAUAGAAAUAGUUAUGUAAUAUGUAUAGUAUAGAAACCUUCUGUGGAGUUUAAUGUAGCAAAAACAAAGUUAAAUACAAAAAUCAGAAGAACAGACAUAGUAAAAGAGACCCAUGUAGCAGCAGUCUUCAGCACUGACCUCAACAUUUGACCUCUUUUGAUGCAUUAAAGGAUUUGUACUGUGGUUUUUCUUCCACUUAUGUGUAACAUUUCUUCACUCUGUUUCUCAAGCCUGUGUUGUGUCAUGAUGUCAUUUCACGGUUUAUGAUGUUGGAAGAAGAAUCUGAGAGAGUGGCAGAGCCGGUCAUGGUGCUUUAAUACUAUGAAGAUGACAGAUUUAAAGAUCUCAAAUGUGAAGACUGGUGACUGGGUUAGAAACUUUUCUAGCAAAGUGAAUGUAAGCUAAAUUACAAUAGUUUAAAAAAAAAUCUAAUUCUGUCACCCAUGUAUUUAAAUGCUGACAAAUGUAUGAAGGUUAGAUUUAAAACAUUUAUUAAAGAUAGAUGUAUUAGACUCCAGACAGCACUGAAUAAAACUGUGAUUUCAGUUAA